AUGAAGAGUUCCAAGUCGCUCAACCGAGCGUUCCAAGCAGCCACCACUACCAACCUUAUGCGCUCCCAAUCUCUUCGCGGCACAUCUUAUCUCCAACCACGAAAAACCGCUCAAACAGAGGAUCUCAUUCUCGAAAGGUGUAUUCUGAACCCGGAACGAGCAGAAACCUGCAAAUCUGGCACAGACGAUGAAGUCGCCCGUCACAAAUCUCCAUACGACCCGUCCAGAACAGCACCCAUUCAAGAGCACCUCGAACUAGAGGAAGAAUACAAAAUGGAAGGGGAUCCUAUUCACGAUCCACUUCUUGUAAGCCCUGCAAAUAUGGAUGUCAGUCAAGCCGUGGAUCCGAUGGCUGGCGUUCAUGGUUUGCAACAUUUGAGAAGCGUCAGAGGCUGGACUAGAAAGGGAAGGAAGGCGCUUCUAAAGACGGAGCCGUACAAGAUGAGAACAUAUGAAAGUGUAUUCGUCGAGACCAGGAAGCCUCGCCAAAAGACUUACUAA